GCACUUGAGUGAUAGUGAGCGUGCGGAGAGACAUCUCGCUCAUUCGUUGCCCGGCCGUUUGCGCAAUACUUCGCAAAAUUUGCGAGACCUGCGUGAAUCUUAUUAGACCAGGAGUCUCGAAAAAGACUCGCACGUUUCUUCGCACCGUUACCAGGCAAGAAAAUGUCGUUCGAUACUGAAAGUAAGAUACUUCGUUCCGUAUACCCAGUUGUACCAAUCCCGAGGGAACUCACAUACACGAAGCUUAUGGUGAACGCCCUGCUCAAGCAUGGAGACUCUGUGUGUCAGAUUGGAGCAGUAAGCGGCCGAAAACAGACCUACCGGGAGGUGCUUGAGACCAGUUACCGUUUGGCAUGCAGUCUGCAGAAGAUGGGACUGCAGACGGGAGCCCUGGUGGGGGUCAGGUGCGGAAUCAUUCUGGAGUACCUGGUCACAGCCAUUGCCAUCAUUCGAGCAGGGUGCACUGUGCUCUCCCUCAAAGGGCAGACGACACGCGAAUUCAAGUAUCAACUGCAGGACGCCAAACCUGUCCUAGUCUUUGCAGAACCGCAAUACUGCGCAAGGAUUCUAGAGGCAUCCCAAGGUAUCGAAAAUUUCAAGGGUGUAGCGUCGUUUGGAGAAUCGCCUGGCUGUUCCCUGUACGCUGACCUUGUCGCCGGAACCGACGGUCGGCUUCGAGAAGUCACUCUAGAUCCCAAAGAAGCCGUGAUGGUCAUCACAUAUUCCGGAGGUACGACAGGACCACCAAAAGGUGUCAUGCUCACGCAUCACAACUUCGUAGCCACUCAGAUCAUGUGGGACGCGUGGACUAUGAUGCUACCUGUGCCAAACUCCAGGACAGCCAAGCCAAUUACCCUGGACUGGAUGUCCCCUGUACAUCUCUCAGGCAUAGUUACAGUGCUGGGCAACUGUCUCAGAGGAUGCACUACAGUGUUGCUGUCAUCUGAUAAACCCAGAGACAUCUUAGCAGCCGUCGAGAAAUAUGGCAUCACCCACAUGCCCCUGAUGCCUACACGGUUGAUGAUGCUGCACAAUAGCGACCUCGUCGGCCAGUUCAACACGAGUACCUGGACCAGCGCUGGAGUGGGAGGUGGGGUUGUUCCGUCCGCAGUUAUCGAAGCCUUCAAGCGCAAAUUCCAGCUGGAAACAGUCUACUUUGGCUACUCCAUGACAGAGCUCACGGGCUUCUUGACCAUGCCAACAACAAACCCGGAGUCCAUAGGAGCACCCUUUCCUAUGACGGAAAUAAAGAUAAUCAACGUUGCGACCAAGGAAUCGCUCGGUCCUAAUGAAGACGGAGAGAUCUGUGCGAGAGGGCCUCAGGUGAUGAAGGGUUACCUCAACAGGAAAGAAGCAACAGAGCAGACGAUAGAUGCAGAGGGAUGGCUGCACACAGGAGACAUCGGUCACUUCGACGAUGACGGCAAUGUGACUGUCGUGGAACGUAUUAAGGACUUGAUCCGGUGCAUCGACGUGCACGUAGUGCCUGCUGAGCUGGAAGAGGUCCUCCUCUCGCAUCCGAGUGUUGCGGAAGCCGUCGUGGUCGGAGUGCCUCAUCUAGAAUUCGGCGAAGCUCCCAAGGCAUUCGUCAUUCCGGCUGUGACAAUAUCACCUGAAGUAGAGGACUCCCUCACCCAAGAACUUUUGCUAUAUGUUUCUGAGCAAGUGGAAUACCCAAAGCAACUACAUGGAGGUUUAGAAUUUGUGAGUCAACUUCCCAAGUCUUCAGCUGGACAAUAUCUACGGCGUGAACUCAAAGCGGAGCAAAUCAGAAAACAUCCUAUACCAUAAGUACCUGUGCAAAGGACAAGCACUUCAACAUCCAAAAGGUUACGAGUGAAUGGAUCAGUAAAUAAAUGUACGAUGGUUAAAUCCAAAUGCA